CCAGACAAUGACUCCCCUCACAGCAUAUAGUCACAUAGGCUAUUAAGGGUGAGAUAUAUAGAAAAACAAAGGAGAAAAGAUAGAAAUGGAGAAGUUUCCAGUUGUUGACAUGGGGAACCUUAAUAAUGAAGAGAGAUCAGCAACCAUGGAGAUAAUCAAAGAUGCCUGUGAGAACUGGGGUUUCUUUGAGUUGGUGAACCAUGGGAUAUCCAUAGAGUUGAUGGACACCGUGGAGAGGAUGACAAAAGAGCACUACAAAAAGUGUAUGGAGCAAAGGUUCAAAGAAAUGGUAGCAAGCAAAGGUUUGGAGUCUGCUCAAUCUGAAAUCAAUGAUUUGGAUUGGGAAAGCACUUUCUUUUUGCGCCACCUUCCUGCCUCUAACAUCUCAGAGAUCCCUGAUCUUGAUGAAGAUUACAGGAAGGUAAUGAAGGAUUUUGCUGUGGAACUGGAGGAACUGGCAGAGCUAGUUCUUGACUUGCUGUGUGAGAAUCUUGGGCUAGAGAAAGGGUAUCUGAAGAAGGUGUUCUAUGGAUCAAAGGGCCCAAAUUUUGGUACCAAAGUUAGCAACUACCCUCCUUGUCCGAAGCCAGAGCUGAUAAAGGGGCUCAGAGCUCACACAGAUGCUGGUGGCAUCAUUCUACUCUUCCAAGAUCACAAGGUCAGUGGAUUACAGCUCCUCAAAGAUGGCCACUGGAUUGAUGUCCUCCCAAUGCGCCACUCCAUUGUCAUCAACCUUGGAGACCAACUUGAGGUCAUCACCAAUGGCAAAUACAAGAGUGUGAUGCACCGUGUGAUUACUCAAACGGAUGGUAACAGAAUGUCCAUAGCCUCGUUUUACAAUCCAGGCAAUGAUGCAUUGAUCGCUCCAGCACCAGCCUUGGUGAAGGAAGAUGAGACUAGCCAAGUUUAUCCCAAGUUUGUUUUUGAUGAUUACAUGAAGCUCUAUGCUGGCCUUAAAUUUCAGGCCAAAGAACCAAGAUUUCAAGCUAUGAAGGCCACGGAGUCAUCCAACAUUAAUUUAGGCCCCAUAGCAACGGUCUAAGCCUCAGAUUGAAGCAUUAUAUUAAUUAUAAUAUAUAUGUUAACUGAGAUUACCGGUAUCUUUCUUUGCUAUGGAUGCGCCGUUAUGCAGCAUGUGUAUUUCACAAGGAACUCUCUCUCUCCCUCUCCCUCUCCCUCAUGAUUCUUCUUUGGCUUAUUAUGGUAGUUUAAAAAUAAAACAUUAGCUUGAUAUGGUAGUUUAUUUGUGUAAUGUAUGUAUGUGAUGGUUAAGUUGGUGUCAUGUAUUGAUGCACUUCUUUUAUCAGAAAGUAACCCGAUCUUAGCCAUUUUACAAGGAA